AUCAGUUUGGAGAAAGUGUUUACUGGGAACAAUUUGAUGAGACAAACAUGUAUCUGGACCUUAACACACAAAUAACAUUAAAAAGGUCAAUGAAGCCCGAGACAAUCAAGCUUUGGUCUGAAAUAUAUCCCUUAAUAGAAGUUGCAGAAGGUAUUCCUAAUCAGAUAACCAUUACUACACCAUCAGGACCUAUAAGAGGUUUGAAAAGAACCGAUCCAAAACGUGGAGAAAGUGUAUUCGAAUUCCUUGGCAUACCAUAUGCUAAGCCCCCAGUAGGACAACGGAGAUUCCAGAAACCACAACCUAUAGGAAACUGGAUACAUACGCUAAAUGCUACGUUAUUCGGUGCCGCGUGCUCUCAAAACGUACCAGAAUUCGAGAAGACAUCGUUUACAUCUGGUAUUUCAGAGGACUGUCUAUUCCUUAACAUCCACAUACCAAAAGUGAUCAGUAAAACGAAACUAUAUUCCGUUAUGAUAUGGAUUCAUGGCGGUGGAUUUGAACUUGGCUAUGGACAUCAGGACGAUGUUACAGAAUUUGCCAUGACAGGAAAUGUUAUCGUCGUUACUCUUAAUUAUAGAUUUGGUGUGUUUGGAUUUUUUGCUAUGGACCAUCCGGCCGCUAGAGGAAAUUUUGGUUUAUGGGAUCAAAAACUAGCAAUACAAUGGGUGCAUGAUAAUAUUAAAGCUUUCGGUGGCAAUCCAGAUUCCGUAACGAUUUUCGGAGAAUCAGCAGGUGCAAUGAGUACAUCGCUGCAAUCCUUGAUUCCUGCGAACAAAGGUUUGUUUCAGAGAGUUAUAUGUCAGAGUGGUGUUCAUAGCAAAAUUCUAAUGCGUAAAUCGGAGGCUAUCAGGGAAUAUGCUACAGGCCUAGCAAAUAGAACUGGCUGUUCAAUUGAUGAUGAAUAUGCGUUUGUUGAUUGUCUGAGGAAUUUAUCAGUCCAAGAUCUAUUAAGUUAUACAGAUUUUUAUGCCACUGCUCAACUCGAUAAAGUACACUACAUGUCGGACAAUUACCCAGUAGUGGACGGUGAAUUGUUUCCAGAAAAUCCAAUACUUUCUCUGGAGGACCCUACUUCUGCCGUAGCUACAUUCUUUCGUUCUCUGGACAUGAUUGCUGGAACAACUUCUAACGAAGGCUCAAUAUUAGUCGUCACUUUAUUUCCACAAAUUCAGGAGCGAUUUAAUUUUUCACUGAAUGAAGGUAUACCACACAGAGUGGCUUGUGAAGAAGUUAUAGCCGAAUAUGUCAAAACAUAUCUGAAACAAAAUGAGGAAGUAAAACGUCAAUUGUGUGAUUUUUACUUUGUAGCAAACUCUCCAAAUGAACAGAGCAAUCUUGCUACACAUCUAUUAGCAGAUAUCAUGUUUGUUUAUCCAACAAUAAGGAUGUUGGAAUUGCAUUCUAUGUAUGGAGCGACGACAUAUCAUUAUCAAUUUUCCAUGCCAAGUCCAGAGCCGUGGGGUGGACCUUUCCCAUCUUGGUUCAAUGGUAGUGGUCAUGCAGACGAACUUAUUUACAUGUUCAGACCUGAAGUUGUAUCCACUGACGGUAUGAAACUGUCUAGAAAUCUCAUCCAGUAUUGGACAACAUUUGCAAGAACAGGGUCACCAAACGGAUACACGGAUUCUGUAGUAUGGAUUCCAUUCGAUAUAAAAGAAAGAGAAUAUCUAGAUUUAAAUGCUGAAAUAAUGAUGAAAGUUUUCUUGAAGCCAGACACAGUAAAACUAUGGUCUGAAGUGUAUCCAUUGAUCGACGUCGGACAAACUACUGCGCAUGCGUCGACAACUACUACGUCACGUCCAUCUACUACACAACUUCCUGUUUGUAUAUCCAAUGAUGAUAUCUCUUCUGUGGCUACUAAAAAUAAUCAUUGUACCAUUAUUCUAUACAUACUGUUCUUUAAAGCUAUUCUAUUUAAUUCAUUACAAUAACUUGAUAUAAAACCGAAAAUUUUGUGUAGUAUACGUCACUGUUAAAGGAAUCAAAUUAUGGUCGUUUUAAAGGGUUUUACGUUGAUUCUUGUAAACAACCGGACACAUAUUCAAUGCAUGUUAAGAUGACAAAAAAAUAUAAAGAUCCAAAACCGAUUAAUUCAAUUGAUGUGCUGAGACAUGCUUAAUUGAUUUAAAAAAAAAGGGCAUUACCAUGGCAAAAACGAAAAACGACGAAGACAGACAACAGUCUACAUAACACAACAUAGGAAACUAAAGACUGAGCAACAAGAAUCCCACUAAAAACUGUGGGUGAUCUCCAUUAAUCAGUACUCCAGUCAUCUACUCACUUCCAACCAAGUACUUCAGACACCUUCUUACUCGCGGCCCUGCACUCCAAGUACCUACUCACUCACCACCUAGUACUCCAGGCACCUACCACUUUCGACCCAGCACCUUAUCACUCAAGAACCAGGAUUCCUUUUAACAAAAAAACUUACAACUUAGAUUGAUCGUAAGUUAUGAACAAUUCGGUAUACUUACGAUCAAUCUUAGUCGUAAGCCGUUUCUUUGUGAAACCUAGUCCAGUACUUUAAGCACCUACGCAUUCACGAACCAGUACACAAGGCACCUACUCAUUUCCGACCAAAUACUCCAUGCACCUACUCACGACCCAGUACUCCGUGUACCUAAUUUUUUCAUGACUCAGUACUUUAGGCACCUACUCACUUCUCAUCCGAUACUUAUGCACUUGUUAACUCACGACCCAGUACCGUAACGUUUAA